AUGAUUGUAUCAUGCAAAUGUCUGAACAUCCAAAUUGAGACCAAAGACGAGCCGAUCAAAUUUGAUAAAAGUUUGUUGGGCGGUGGUUUCUUUUCAAAGGAGUUGCUGUGUAGCGAAGUGAUUGCUGUCACUAAGCGUCAGGACUGUUUGAUUCUCGAAGAAAGAGCCUUUGGGUGGUUUAUAUACAAAUGUCUCAACUGUGAUAUCCUGUGUUAUGCUGUAUCUUCAGAUAAAAACAUACUAACAGUUUUGAUUAGUCCCGAAUUAUUGACUGAUCCAACACAAAUACAAGAUCUAAAAAAUUCAGAGUGCUUUUCACCAAUUUAUGAAAUUGUUAUUAAUUGGACUGAUUCUAAUCAAUUAUAUUCUCCACGCCUAUCUGGUUUAUUGCCCCCGAAAAUCAAAGCACUGCAACGACAAAUGAGUGAAGUACUUGAAAAAGAAACAAAACUUGUGGAAGAUAAAAUAAGAAAAUUCACAGAAAAUCAAUAUUCAUCUUUGGAAGAAUUCAGAACUAAAGCUCAAAAUGAUUAUGAGACUUUAGCUAGAAUAUUAUCUGAAAAAGAUAAAAAGCCUAAAUUUGAGAAUUUACCUGCUCGAACAAGUACUAACAAAUUGUCAUCUCCUAUACAACUGUUACCAAAACCAACAAUUACUACGCUCAAGAAUAAUCCAACAAUGAAUUUAAUGGAUUUUACAUUCAAACCUUACACUAAGGGUAAUGAAAAUAGUGUAUCAUCAAAACCUAGUCUAAUUAAAAAACCUACAGUCGGGGGAAGUAAUGAUAGCGGAUUACCUCCAGCAUCAUUUGAUGCAGAAGGAUUGUUUCCUCUUGAAGACAUGGAAAAUCUACAAAUAGAUUGUGCUUCUGAUGAUGAACUUUCUGAAUCUGAAGGAGAAUCCGGAAGCCAUGACGAAGGUAUCUGCAUUCAGCGUCAUAAAAAAUUAGAUAUUGCUAUAUCUUUACCAGUAGAUGUACCCAGAUUUAUGGUCCAUAGCGGCAGUGUUCCAAGUGAUGUUAAUCCUCGUAUUCCAGUUGGUCGUGAUACUGAAAAUAAAAUGGAUAUUGCUGCUAGCAUAAAAGCAUUAGCAAAAAGUGUUCAUGGUGAUAGAAUUUUUGGAGAACUACCUAGGCCACGUCUAGGAUCUCAAAUUUGA